UCGUCACUCAUUUCAUGACUUGCAAAAAUAAUAAUAAUAAAGUUAUUCAACUAUGUAAUUGUCACGCUCCAUGUAAUAACUACAGUGAAUUGCAAGUCCAUGUUCAACAAUCAGUCAAUAAUUCAAAGCCUUUUUCACUGACACGGAAUGCGGAUAUAAAAACGACAGUAAUUUUUUUUAUUUUUUUUUUUUUUUUGUAUAUAUAUAUAAUCAUCAAGUACAUAUAAGUAGCCAGGUUGUUUGGAUUAUCUUUUCAGUAAUAGUUUGGUAAAACAAGUGCAACCAAGAUGAAUCAAAAAACGCGUAUUACAAGACAAACUCCGAGUUUUAAAAUUGAAAAUGGAAUAAUUAAGGGUGAAGAAUGUUCAUUCAUGGAUUCAAAAGACAAUAAUUUUGGUGAAAUGUUAUUGGAAAAUAUGAAAAAAAAUUCCAGCGUUAUUGGUCAGGUUGAUGUUGAAAGUGGAAAAGAAGAUCCGUAUGGAGAGAUGGCAGAUAGAAGCAUAAGAUGUGCUUUGUGGAUGAAAAAUGAAAAUUUAAAACCAGGUGAUGUUAUUGCAAUUUGUACAAAUAAUCAUUUAGAUUCAAUUAUUCCUUGUUUAGCAUCUUUAUAUACUGGUGUUAUAUUUAACCCAUGGUGGGAUCAUGGAUUAACUAAAGAAAUUGCAAGACAUUUUAUUAAUUUAACAAAGCCAAAAGUUUUGUUUACAAAUGAAGAUACAGUUAAUAUAGCCCUUGAAGUUUCAAAAGAAGAAAAUAUUAAUAUCAAGAUAAUUGUAUUUGGUUGCACGUCUGCUUCACUUUUAUCAUUCAAUGAAAUAAUUAAAAAACAAGACAGUAAACAAGUUGAAAACUUUAAAUGUAACAAGUUUAAAAAUAAUAAUCAGCCAGCAUUUAUCACCUAUACUUCUGGUACCACUGGAUUUCCAAAAGGUGUUUUACAUUCACACAAAUCUCUAUUUGGUAAUAUAAGAUUGGCAGAUCAUUUAAAUCAUGAUAAAUGUAUUGCACUGUGUUAUUCAACAUUGUGCUGGAUCACUGGAAUUAUAUGUCCAUUUUUAUCAAUUGCACAUAUUAAUAAACGUAUUGUUGCAAAUGAUUACAGUCCUAAACAAUUGUGUCAACUCGUUGAAAAAUAUAAAAUCAACUGGAUAUUAAUGGGUACAAGUCCAACAAAUCGUCUUCUAACUUCAGGCGAAAUAACGAAACACGAUUUGUCAUCAAUUGAAUACAUAUGGAUUGGUGGUGCUGUUUUAAAAGAAGAAUCACAAAAAACACUUCAAAAAUUACUGCCAUCAGCUCAAAUUAUACAACUAUAUGGAAUGACAGAAUUUGGUGGUAUAGUAGUUCAUCAAACGAAUGAUGAAAAAUUAGAUUCAAUUGGGACAAUAGCUAAAAAUCUUCAAAUGAAAAUUAUUGAUCCAGAAAGUGGAAAAAUAUUGGGGCCAAAUGAAACAGGUGAGGCGUGUUUUAAAUCACCUCACAUGAUGAUUGAAUAUUACAAUAAUCCAGAAAAGACUAAAGAAGCAAUUGACACUGAUGGAUGGAUGCAUACUGGUGAUUUGUGUUAUUAUGAUGAAAAUGGAUUUAUAUUUAUUAUUGAUAGAUUAAAGGAACUUAUAAAAUGGAGAGGUCAUCAUGUAUCACCAGCAAUUGUUGAACAAUUGAUACAAACAAUUCCUGGAGUUACUGAAGCUGCUGUUGUUGCUGUGGCUGAUGCUGAAGAUGAUGAAAGACCUUUUGCUUUUGUUGCAAAAAUACCAGAUACAAUUAUAUCUGAAGAGGACGUUAAAAAAUUGGUGCAGGAUAAUUUACCAGAUCAAAUGAGAUUGAGAGGAGGUGUUAAAUUUUUAAAUGCAAUUCCACACACUGCAUCGGGCAAAAUAAAUCGUACUGAAUUAAAAAAAAUUGCAUCGGCUUAUGCUCGAAAAUCACCCACGUACGAGAAUGGAAUAUGGAUAGGACCAAAAUGGGAUCCACCAAAAGAUUAUUUUAAAUGGAGCGAAAACUUACUUCCAAAUCUCAAAAACUCACCAGACUUUGUUGGACAAAUUGAUGCAGUAACAGGGACAAAAGAAACAUUUAGGUCAAUGGCCGAUAAAAGUAUAAGGUGUGCAAUUUGGUUAAAAAAACAAGGCGUUAAUCCAGGUGAUAUUGUUGGAUAUUGCUCAGAUAAUCAUUUAGACUCUUGUGUCCCUUUGUUUGCAUCUAUAUAUGUCGGAGCGAUUUUUAAUCCAUGGAGUGAUGAUGAUUUAAAUAAAGAUGUAGUCGAGUAUUUCGUUGAACUAACUAAACCAAAAGUAAUUUUUGUCAAUGAAAAAUCAGCAAAGAUUAUUCUAAAAUCAGUUCCAAAUAUCACUGAUAAAUUAAAAUUCGUUGUUUAUGGAAAAAUUGAUGGUAUUGAGUCCUUUAAAGAUAUUUUAAAAGAUGUGGACUCAAAAGAAGUUGAUGAAUUUAAACCUAUGAAAAUUGAAAGCCCUGAUGUACCUCUAACAAUCCUGUAUACAUCAGGUACAACUGGUCAAGCAAAAGGUGUGCUACAUACACAUGGUUCAUUAGGAAAGAUAUUUAGUAGCUUUAAUUCUAAUGCUCAGGAUCAAAAUAAGCAUGUUCAUACAUGGUUUUCAACAUUAUCUUGGAUAUCUGCUUUUGUGAGCACAAUCAACGGAGUAUUAAAAAUAUCAACUUCAAUUAUCCACAAUUGUUCAGAUGUGGUUGAAUCAUUAAAACUAUUUGAUAAAUUUAAGAUAACAACGUUCAUGAUGGGUACCGGUCUAGCAAAUAGAUUGUGCAAAUCAAAAUUGAAUAUAUCAAAUUACAAUUUAUCAUCGGUUGUUCAAGGAAUUUUUAGUGGUGUUGUCAUAACAAGAAUGGUAGAAAAUUUUUUAACAAAAUUAUUUUCAAGUGCUUCUUUGAUAUCAGCUUAUGGAUGUACAGAGUUUGGUUCAAUUAGUCGAGGAUCAAUUGAUCCUGAAAAAUCAACGGCAGUUGGAAAAGUAUAUUUAGGCGUCAUGUUAAAAGUAAUUGAUCCGAAAACAAAGAGAAUUCUUGGGGCACACGAGGAAGGUGAACUCUGUGUUAAAGGCUCUACUAUCAUGGCUGGUUACUGGAAAAAUCCUGAUGCCACAAAAAAAGCUAUAGAUCCAGAAGGUUGGUAUCACACUGGAGAUCUUGGUUACUAUGAUAAAGAUGGAUAUAUAUGGGUAAUUGAUAAACUGUCAUCAAUUAUCAAUUACAAAAAUUAUAAUGUACCAGCAACAAUUAUUGAAGGUGUUAUUCAAUCUCAUGAUUCAGUAGCUGAUGUUGGUGUAGUACAAAAGAAUCAUGAUGAAGACACUGGGCAUGCAACUGCCUUUGUUGCCAAGUGUCCUGGUACUGAUAUAACCGAGCAAGAAAUAAUAAAACUAGUAGAAAAGGAAUUACCAGAAAAAAUGUGGCUUCGAGGUGGAGUUUAUUUUCUAGAUGAAAUGCCGUAUACAUCUUGUGGCAAAGUUUCCAAAAAAGAAUUGUGUUUACUUGUGAAAAAAUAAUUAUAAUUAUCAUCU